AUGUCAUCUGUGCUAGCAAGAACAGGACGACGUCGCCAACGUUAUGAGAACAACUUACGCCUUGUUUCUGGAUGUAUCCCUUACCGGAUAACAGAAGACAUGAAUGAUGAGGAUCAUAGCAGCAGCAGCCACAUUGAAAACAAGAUACAGGUUCUCAUGGUUUCUUCACCUGACCGCGACGACCUAGUGUUUCCAAAAGGUGGGUGGGAGGAUGAUGAGACUGUUUUAGAAGCUGCUAGUCGUGAAGCCUUCGAGGAAGCAGGGGUGAAAGGAACACUAAGAGAAACUCCUCUGGGAGUUUGGGAGUUCAGAAGCAAAAGUAGGCAGAAGAUGUGCAGCCUGGAAGGAGGAUGCAAAGGCUACAUGUUUGCAUUACAAGUAACCCAAGAGCUUGACACAUGGCCAGAGCAGCAAAACCGUGCUAGAGAAUGGCUAAGCACGAAGGAUGCAUUUAGAGUGUGCCGGUAUGAAUGGAUGCGUAGGGCACUUGAGCAGUUUCUGAGAGUUAUGGCGUCGUCAUCAGAUACGAAAGAUGAUGAUGGUGCUGUGGGAAAUAAUGCAGUUGUAGUACCAGCUGAUGAAGUUGUAGUGGAUCAUGAUCAGAUUAUGAAUCAGAUGACAGCAGACUUAUUAGGAGAGACGUCUGAUGAUCAUGAACAUACAAUAGGGGACUUAACUGAGGAGCCCGAACCGUGUAGUCCUCGUCCGGCCAUGACCUCCACGCCGUCGACAUUGUUGCGGUCGCCAUUGUCAUCCAGCAACGUCAGAUCGUGA